AUGGGUUCUUGGGUUUGCUUACCCAGUGGGGUUGGUAGUGUCACUGUCUCUGGUGCAUUGCCAAGAAGGGCUCUUUCUGCUCUUCUACUACAAAAUCCAAUUUCACUCCUACCUUCUUAUCAAUUUCACCACAACAGAAGAAGAGUUUGUGCCUCUGCUUCUUCUGGUGCAAAGGAAUUACAACAGCAACAGUAUCUGAGGAGCCCAGACCUUGUGGGCUUGGAAUAUGCUGACCUUAAUCUCACCCACAAAAUUUCUGAGGAACUGGGUCAUGUCAGAAUCAGGCAACAUGUCAACCCUCUAAGUUCCUCUCUCUCUGUGCCUGUGGAAGUACCUGAUUGGAAUCAAGUCUUCAGGGACCCAACAUUGCCACUCAUGGUGGAUAUUGGAUGUGGUAGUGGCAGAUUUCUCAUAUGGCUUGCAAAAAGAAAUUUAGUUAUGAGAAAUUAUUUGGGACUGGAAAUACGGAAGAAACUGGUCAAGCGUGCUGAAUUCUGGGUUAAGGACCUGGCUCUUAGUAAUAUAUAUUUCAUGUUUGCUAAUGCCACAACUUCCUUUCAACAACUAGUGUCUACAUACCCUGGACCAUUGAUGCUUGUUUCAAUCCUGUGCCCAGAUCCUUAUUUCAAGAAAAGGCAUCAUAAGAGACGGGUUGUACAGAAGCCUUUAGUAGAUUCCAUUGCGAGCAAUUUAAUGCCCAGCGGCCAGGUGUUUAUACAGUCAGAUGUACUUGAAGUGGCGCUUGACAUGAGAAAUCAAUUUGAUUCUCAACCUCAGGUUCUGAAACACAUCCAUGAAAUCGACUCGAGUGUGCUGUGUGACAGUGAGGGAUGGGUGUUAAGCAAUCCAAUGGGGAUAAGGACAGAGAGAGAAAUUCAUGCAGAAUUUGAAGGUGCAAAAAUUUACAGAAGGAUCUACCAGAAGCAAAUGUAA